UAGCGCGUCGCUUGUUUAUGGUGACGUCACGGCGCAGUCUUUUCAGUCUCUCUGGGUGGCGGCAGACAGUCUGUCAGGGUCUAACACACGACUUCGAAUAAAACAGUGAAAACACGGAACAUUAACACAAACAUGAAUCUACAUCGCAGCUAAAGGAUCCAAUGGGUAGACAGAGUCUGGCUGUGCACAUACUGAAAGGCUGUACUGAGAGUCACCUGAGAAGUUAUACAAUGCAGUGAACCAAAUGGGGCAUUGCAGUACCCGAAUCAUCAUCCUAUUCCUGCUUCAAUUCUUACGGACAUCAGCUAAAGAUGUCUCCAUUGACUGCAUGUGUGUCGGCAGUGAUUGUAAUGAGCAGCAGUGCACUGGAGACCAGUGUUACACCUCUGUUAUCAUUAGCAACGAUGUGACAACGUUUAAACGUGGCUGUCUUAUUGGGUCGGAGAGCAAGCGCAUGACCUGCACCGCAACACCCUCUGCUAGUCAUGUCGUUGAAUGCUGCUCCCAGCACAUGUGCAACGCCAACGUCUCCAAAGAGACCCUUCUUCGACUACUGCUGACAAGUCCAGAAGGAAAGGCAGCUGUGCAUUACCGUGAGGAGAUGCUGGUUUUCUUUGUGUUGGGGCCGUUUGUGGUUCUGGGAUUGCUAUCUGUGCUGGCUUUGCUGGUGUGCCGUAGACUCCAUCAUGGGCGUCUGGAAAGACUGCAUGAGUUCGACACUGAGCAGGGGGCCAUUGACGGGCUCAUUUCAUCUAAUGUCGGAGACAGCACACUUGCGGAUCUGAUGGAUCACUCCUGCACAUCAGGCAGUGGUUCAGGACUGCCCUUCCUGGUGCAGAGGACGGUAGCACGGCAGAUCAGCCUUCUAGAGUGUGUUGGUAAGGGACGGUAUGGGGAAGUGUGGAGAGGUCAGUGGCAAGGAGAGAAUGUAGCUGUGAAGAUCUUCUCCUCCAGAGAUGAGAAGUCAUGGUUUAGAGAGACUGAAAUAUACAACACUGUUCUACUGCGACAUGAAAAUAUAUUAGGAUUCAUGGCUUCUGAUAUGACCUCCCGAAACUCUAGCACUCAGCUGUGGCUCAUCACACAUUACCACGAAAACGGCUCUCUCUAUGACUACCUGCAGCGUGUUGCCGUGGAAAUGGCAGAUGGACUGCACAUGGCGGCGUCAGUAGCCAGCGGGCUGGUGCACCUGCACACGGAGAUCUUUGGCACUGAGGGCAAACCGGCCAUCGCUCACAGAGACCUGAAGAGCAAGAACAUCCUGGUGAAGAAAGAUCUGCAGUGCUGCAUCGCUGACCUGGGUCUGGCAGUAACACACACGCAGUCUGAUAAUCAGCUAGAUGUGGGAAAUAAUCCUAAAGUGGGAACCAAGCGCUACAUGGCACCGGAGGUUCUGGAUGAGACCAUUCAGACAGACUGUUUCGAUGCCUAUAAGAGGGUGGACAUCUGGGCCUUUGGGUUGGUGCUGUGGGAGAUCGCUCGCAGGACCAUCAGUAACGGAAUUGUAGAGGAAUACAAGCCGCCUUUCUAUGACCUGGUGCCUAAUGACCCCAGCUUUGAUGACAUGAGGAAAGUGGUUUGUGUGGAGCAACAAAGGCCGUUCAUUCCCAACCGCUGGUUUUCAGAUCCUACCCUGUCUGCUCUGGUGAAGCUGAUGAAAGAGUGCUGGUACCAGAACCCCUCGGCUCGACUCACUGCCCUGCGCAUCAAAAAGACUCUGGAUAAGAUCCACAGCUCACUGGAGAAGGGCAAAACCGACUGCUGAGGAGAGAGAGCCACAGAACUACUGACCGCUCGCCCGCUCAUUAUACAGACACUGUGUAUAACCAGACCAUUGGAUUCAAGCGCUCGCAUCUGUCCCAACUCUAACAUGCUGUUCAUUUGCUUUGUUCUUCAUCUCCAUUGACCUAAAAACCUUUUCUAGAGAAUUACUUUUAUGGAUUAUUUUUCCCACUGAACCCGGCGGGACUCCCACUUCCCCUCCAGAAACAGCAUAAAGCAGAAAAAUAUGGAUACGGUCUGACAGGCCUUGAAUUGAACCUUCCCUCAUGGAGUUAUUUUUAGCGCCAUCACAUUGUCUAUUUAACCACUGGCAAAUGUUUAAUAUUUGUACUUUUUGGGAAAACGAAGAGGACAGAAACACGCUGAAA